AUGUUGUCGUUACGAAGAAUGUGUUUAAGGACAAUCCCAGAGAGAAUUCAGAAUAACGUGAUACUCAAAAGUUAUUCUAAAGCUGGAAGCUAUGCGAGUGAUCCUGAAGAUAAUACUAAAAAAUCUGAAUCAAACAGGUUAGCAGAAUUUCGAAAGAAACUUAGGGAAACCACACCAAUAAAUGAUUUAGGCGAACAAGCAGACUUAUCUUCUCCCAAAGAUGACCCUUUACCGGCUUGGCCAAACAAUACAAAUCCAAACACUGGUGAGGUAGGAGGACCUAGAGGUCCUGAACCUACAAGGUAUGGUGAUUGGGAAAGGAAAGGAAGAGUAUCAGAUUUUUAA